CUCCUCAAGGGGAAGUCUGGUGAAGUGAAAGUGAAAGCAGCGGAUGUUGGCGAGGUUUACAGGCCGGACUCGGGGCGGGAGCAAGAGCCAACAGUUUGAAGGACACUCAGGGGGCCACUGCAAUCGGCCUCUCAGGUCCAGCAGAAUGUCCAGGGUGUUCCUGCUCUUGUGCCUCUCGGGCGCCCAGCUCCUUCAGCCCGAAUGCGGCAGUACCCGGGAACAGCUCCGUGUCCAGCAGCCGGGAAAAGAGCGCCGAAAGCCGACCGGCGCCCUGGAGAAGCUUUUCCAGCAGUUUGUGACAGAGCACGACCGGAACUACAAGCCAGGGAGCCCCCGGUUUAUUCAAACAUACCGAGUGUUCCAGGAAAGCAUUCAGAGACAUUACACCAUGAAUCUUAUUUCUUCAAACUUGUCGAAUGAAAGUGACUCUGCUGUUUAUGGAAUUAACCAGUUUUCUGAUAUAUCACCUGAAGUAUUCAGAGCAACAUAUUUGGGUUCGAGAUCAGUGCCACUUCCGAAGUACAUGUCAUUUCUAAAGGACAGCAAGAAGCCAGCACUACCAGCAAAAUUCAACUGGCGGGACAAGAAUGUUGUUACACCUGUGCGAAAUCAGGAAACAUGUGGAGGAUGUUGGGCCUUCAGUGUGGUGGAGAGUAUUGAAUCUUCUCUCGCAAUUAAAAGAGGACAACUAAAGAUGCUGAGUGCACAACAAGUUAUAGAUUGUUCUUACAAAGAUGCUGGCUGUAAUGGUGGCUCACCAAUCAGUGCCCUGAAGUGGCUAAAUGAGAGUAAAACAAAGUUGAUGGAAGAGUCAGUUUAUCCCUUCAUUGCAAAAACUGGAAUAUGCCAUUAUUUUCCAAAAUCCGCAUUUGGUGUUUCAAUCAGGAGCUACAGGGCAUACAGCUUCAGAUACAAUGAGGAAGAACUGAUGCAAAAACUAUUGGAAUGGGGACCCUUGGUGGCAGUUGUAGAUGCAGUCAGUUGGCAGGAUUAUCUGGGUGGCAUUAUACAGCACCAUUGCUCUCACGAAGAACCAAAUCAUGCAGUAGUUAUCACUGGUUAUGACAGAACAGGUGAUAUUCCUUACUGGAUAGUAAGGAAUUCAUGGGGAGCCAGAUGGGGAAUUAAUGGCUAUGUAUACAUCAAAAUGGGAAGGAAUAUUUGUGGUAAGUUUUCUGUGUGGUUCAUUAAAAAGUUAUCAAUCAUUUGGGGAAUAUACAUUGAUGAAUUUUAAUGCUCAAGAUAUGCUGUUGUGCAAUAACUUCCUUGUUCAGACACUCCAUGAUAACUUUCCUCCUUGUUCAGUUUAGCACCUGCUAAGAACCAGUCCAAUUUUCUUCCUUCUGCAAUGUAAUGAAGUUAAGACCCAACCACCCCUUCCAUUGCUAAGGCUGGUGGUUCAUGUCACCACAUCCAUGAAUUAAAGACUCCUUUAUUUAAUGUAGGUCUCGGUGAUCCAGCAAAGUAGAUCCCAGUUAUUUAGUCCCAUGGAAAGAAGCCAAAGAAAGGCAUUUAGCAAGCUAAAUAAAAGUGGUUGGCCUUUACAAUGAAUGCAACCCCAGUAGUUACUUAGUGCUGGUAGUAAUUCACUAAACUCACGCAACCGUGACUCAGAUACAAGAGUGCCAACACCAAAGGUGGACUCUUGACCUCACUAUUGACCUUGUUAUGACCUUGCACCUUAUUGUCUACCUGCACUGCACUUCUUCUGUAGCUGUGACACUUUAUUCUGCAUUCUGUAUUGUUUUACUUUGUACUACCUCAAUGCACUGUGUAAUGAAUUGAUCUGUAUGAACAGCAUGCAAGACAAGUCUUUCACUGUACCUCGGUACAUAUGACAAUAAUAAAUGAAUUCCAAUUCCAAACAAUCUGAAUAUUGCAGAAAUGGGGCUAUUAUUGAAUAAAGCUCACUGUCCUCACAUUAUCCAGUUUUCAAACAGGAACAGUUCCCAGUUAGCCAUUUCACACAUUCCUGUUCUUGUGACCUCUGAAUUAUCCACUUAAUGCAAAAAUUAAUUAGGUGUUUGUUCUUGGAGCUCAUUCACUUAUCAGUUGUCCUGAUUUACUUCACUUAGCAUCCAGAUAGUUGUCAGGAAAGCCCUUUCAUUCUAUUCAUUUCAGCGAUACAGUAGCCCAUUAACUGAGGUGGUAGCUGGCAUUCAACAAACUACAUCAUUCAUUUCCGGCCGCCAAUACCAACGUACUCCAAGAUAAAUUCCUUCACAUAAAGGUCUCCAAAUAGAUGGUGCAGCCCAAAGUAGAUGGGUUAUUCUUGCUGCUAUGAACUAGAACUGUCAUCUUUUCCUUAUUGGUUAUGAUGAGAGGUGUUAAAUAAGUCAUCGAAGCAGGUCUCUUCAUCAUUGUAUUUGGGUGGGGGAAAAAUAACAAAGUAAGUAAAUAAUUUGUAAUUAAAUAUUGGAAAUUAUUAUAAAUGGGAAAUGGUGUUUCUCUUUGCUUUUCUAGGUAUUGCUGAUUCAAUUGCAGUAGGAAUUGUGUGAGAAGAAACUCCUUUGAUAUCUAUCUGUGGGACAGGCUCUUACCACAAAUCUGAAGGAUUUGAUUACACUGGGUCUGCAGGGUAUAGUGGAGAAGUAGACUUGUCAAAGUAUACAACUACAAAGGAACCCACCUGACUUUCUUUGUAUGGAGGAGAUUUUGCGGAGAAGAUUCAGGCAGGUCACCACAGACUAAAUUCCCAAAACCCUCUGAGGUCCUUUGCCUUUGGAUCCAGAAGGGUUUCACCUCAAGCGUUUUCAAAUCUAUGUGGGUGGCAAGGUUUCUCCUGCAGCACCAGAAAAUCGUCAGCUCAUGGUGCUAAUUUUUCUUGUACGUUGCCAUUGGGCAAGCUACCUCACAAUGGACUAGCCUCAGAAAAUUAACGCCACAGUGUAUUUAUAUUAAAUUAGUCAGGUAUUAACAUUUCUGCUUUAUACACAGAAUUUUGGCUUCACUAGCAAGAUUGUCAUUUAAUGUCCAUCCCCAAUUGUCCUUGGGAAGUUAUUGGUGAGCCACCUUUUUCAACCGUGGUUAGGUUGAGAUUUCCAGUAUUUUGACCCAGUGUCAUAAAGAAGAAAGGAUCAACUUCUAAGUCAAAAUAGUAUGUGUGUUGUCAGUAUUCAUAAUACUUAAUACUAAAAAUUCCUCACUGAACAUGGAGAACAGCUUUCCAUAGAAUUCAGUUGAGUCAUGUGAUUUCUUUAUGUAAUUUAUGUUAUUUUGGACGUUUACAAAACUGCUUGAGUAUUAUUAAGCCCAUGAAAGGACAAUAUUGAAAACAAAAUAGAUGUGGUGUUUUAAAGUUGGAAAUUAAUUCAUUUUCGCCAGUUUAAUCGCCAUUGUAUUUUGUUCCAAUAAUGAGACCUACCCCUCUAAUACCUCUCAAAUGUCCUUCUCCCUGAAACGUGGCUUCCCCUCUACCAUAGUGGAUGGAGCCCUAAACCACAUUUCUUCUAUUUCCCGCACCUCUGCUCUCAUCUCCUCUCUGCCGGGGUAGAACAAAGAUAGAGUUCCCCUGUACUCACCUUCCACCCCAUCAGCCUUCACAUCCAAUGCAUUAUCUUUCGCAUUUUCCACCAGCUCCAACAAUUUCCUUCCGCCAGUCAUAUCUUCCCCUCACCUUCCCUUUCUGCAUUUUGCAGCGACCACACUUUGUGAGUCACUGGUCUGUACCUCAGUCUCCACCCACCACUCCUCAUCCUGUGGCACCUUCUCAUGCAACUAGAGGAGAUGCAACACCUGUCCAUUCACCUCUUCCCUUCCCACCAUCCACGAGCCCAAACAAUCAUUCCAGGUGAAGAAGUGAGUCACUUGCAUUUCUUCCAAUUUAGUCUAUGGGUUAUUCACAAUGUGUUCUCAACAAUGGAGAGACCAAACACAGAUUGGUUUACUCCGCAGGGAUCAUCCUGAGCUUCCCUUUGCAUGCCACUUUAAUUCUCAAUCCCACCCCUAUUCCACCUUGUCUGUCUGCAGCCUGCUUCACAGCAUUUUAUCUUCCAACCAGGCACUUUGCAACCCUGUGGAAUGAACAAUGAAUUUUCCAACUUCAGGUAAACUGCAAUCUAUCAUUUCCCAUUAUCAUGCUGAUGUUUCUUUCUUUACCUGUUUUUAUUACCUGUUAUCUUCCUUACCCUGUUUCUGUAAAAUGCCUUGUUAACAGUUAGUACUCAUUCUCCUUAUCACCUGAUGUGCCUUAACCUAUCUCAUAUGGGGCUUUUGUCUUAUACCUCACUCCUCCCCCUACAAAUGCUGCUUGACUGGUUGAGUUCUUCCAGCAUUUCUGAUGAAGGAACCUUGCGUCCCGUAGUGGUAUUUGCUGAUGAUGCAAAGAAAGGUAGGUUAACAAGUCAGGAAGAGCCAGAUGCAGCUAAUAAUUAGGAAGGUUAAUGGAGUAAUGGCCUUUAUUGCAAAGGGCUUGGAGGAUAAAAUAGGGAGGUUUGAUGCAACAUUUGCAGGACACUGAUGAAACUGCACUUGGGUACUGUGUAUAAUGUUUGUCUCUGUAUUUGCUAGGCUGAAUGCUAAAAUGUGGGGAUGACAAAUGAAGAAAGCUUGAACAGAUUAGGACUUUAUUCUUUGAAGUUGAGAAAAAUGAAAGGUGAAUAUAUUGAAACAUAUGAUUCUGAAGAGGAUUGACAGGGUAAAUAUGAAAGGAAAAUUUCCCGAAAUAAAAAUUUUUUAAAUUGCAAAUGUUGGAAAUCUAAACUAAAAACCAGAAAUGCCAGAUCAGGCAGCAUCUGUGAAAAGAGAAACUGUUAACAUUUCACAUUGAAGGCAGUUUUCAGAACUGUGAAAGAGACAAAUCAAGUUAGUUUUAAAUUGGAGAUGAGGUGGGGGAGGGACAGAUAGGAUGAAAAGGAACAGAGACAUGAGACUGCAGAUGAAGGAAGAACUCAGCAGGUCAAACAGCAUCUGUUGAGGUAAAGGGAUGGCUGACGUUUUCAGUAGUGACCUCUGUAUCAGGACUGAGAGGAUAGAGGGAGCAGAGCCAGAUUAUAGGAGUAAAACAGAGGCUUGGAGGUGAUA